UAACCUGACUUCAGAGUAGAACUGUGCCCCACAGAGUUCUCAAUGGCUGAUUUUUCGGAAAUAUGGCGCCAGGUCUUUCUUUCAAGGCACCUCUGGGUGGACUAGAACCUCCAAUCUUCAGUAGCCAAAGGAGCUUUAACCAUUUGCCCGACCCAAGGACUCCUAUUCUACCUGGUAACAGGUGAGAAACUAGAGUCAAGAAUACAAUUGGCUGACUGACCCACAGCCGGCCAAUCCGGGCCUCUACAGUACUCACUGGAAAUCUUCGGACUUGGUGAUCAUGGAGUGGACCGGUCCGCAGCUCUCACACCGCACUGAUGAGAGGCGAACUAAAGUUUUCUCUCCGCUUUCGGGACGGUUUGUUCUCUGGUUGUGACUGUGCCCAUGGGCGGGUGGAAGGGAAAAGGGACGACGGAAAAAUCAUCAUUUGAGGGGAAGAGGAGAAAAGAAAACACAAAAGCCUAUUCUAAAAGGCCUCCGGUGUCUGUCUCUCCGGGGUGACUCCGUCUUUGGUGCCUAUGGAGCCAGCUGCUUCCUUGAACGUCUUCUUGCCAGACUCCUUUCUCUUCUUGCUUCUCCUCAGCUUAUUUGCACUGGUCUCAGCCCAGUUUACUGUCAUGGGGCCUGCUGAUCCAAUCCUGGUUAUGGUGGGAGAAAACACCACAUUAGAUUGCCACCUGUCACCAGAGAAAAAUGCUGAGGCCAUGGAGGUGCGGUGGUUCCGGUCUCAGUUCUCCCCUGCCGUGUUCGUGUAUAAGGAAGGGCGAGAGAGAGCAGAAGAGCAGAUGGAGGCGUACCAAGGAAGAACAACCUUUGUGAGCAAUGAUAUCAGCAAGGGGAGGGUAGCGCUGAUCAUUCACAACGUCACAACUCAUGAAAAUGGCAUCUACCACUGUUACUUCCAAGAAGGCAGGUCCUACGAUCAGACCAUCAUGCGCCUGAUGGUGGCAGGCCUGGGCUCAGUGCCCCUCAUUGAAAUGAAGGGUUAUGAGGACGGCGGCAUCCGGCUAGAGUGCACAUCUGUCGGGUGGUUCCCACAGCCCCACGCAGUGUGGAGGGACCCGGUCAGUGAGGUCACGCCCACUCUGGAGGAGGCUUACAUCGUUGAAGAUGAUGGCCUCUUCACGGUCACCACGUCGGUGAUCAUCAGAAACUACCCUGUGAGGAAUGUGUCCUGCUCCAUCACCAAUGCCCUGCUCGGCCAGGAGAAGGAAACUGUGAUGCUCAUUCCAGCACCCGUUAUUCCCAGCACUUCUCACGGGAUGGUGGUCAUGGCUGCUACCCUGCCUACACUGAUCCUUCUCAUCCUCAUCGCUGGGACCGUCUGUCCUGUCAAGAAACAUCACAGGGAAAAAGAGGUUCUGUCGGUGGAAAAAGAGGAUGAACAGGAAGAGACAGAAAUUAUGGAGGAACUUCAAGAAGAAUUACGAUGGAGAAGAACCCUCUUACAUGCUGCUGAUGUGGUCCUGGACCCCGACACCGCUCACCCCGAGCUGUUCCUGUCCCAAGACCGGAGAAGCGUGAUACGGGGCCCCUCCCGGCAGAGUGUUCCUGACAACCCGGAGAGAUUUGACUGUCAGCCUUGUGUCCUGGGCCAGGAGAGCUUUGACUCAGGGAAGCAUUACUGGGAGGUGGAGAUGGAAAAUGUGAUGGUGUGGGCCAUGGGGGUUUGUAGAGACAGUGUUGAAAGGAAAGGCGAGGCUCUACUGGUUCCUCAGAAUGGCUUCUGGGCCCUGGAGAUGUUUGGAAACCAGUACCGGGCCCUGUCAUCCCCUGAGACCAUCAUCCCCCUGAAAGAACCCCUUUGCCGAGUGGGCAUUUUCCUGAACUACGAAGCUGGAGAUGUCUCCUUCUACAACAUGAGGGACAGAUCGCACAUCUACACGUAUCCCCGGUUGACCUUUACUGGGCCCCUGAGACCCUUCUUCAGGCUGGGGUCUGAUGACAGCCCCCUCAUCAUCUGCCCAGCUUUCACAGGGGCCCAGGGGGUCACAGUGCCUGAGAGUGGCCUGGUUCUUCACAGGGCAAGGGCCCACCGCCACCACCAGGACAUAUUCCUUGGUCUCAGAGCCAUGUAGCCAUUCCCUGGCCAUCUUGGGUUAUCAGAAAACAUUGCCCCCUGGUGGAAACAGACUCUUGUUCCCUCUGUUUCACAUAAGAGAACCACCUCUGGCUGCCCCCUUGACAUCUGAUUCAGGCCCCAACCCCACUUCUCCCCCUCAUUAGGCUGUUGCUUUAGUAGCUCACUUACUGGCAACCAUGGGGCAGAGUCCAGUCUCAGGGAAGCUAGAGCUGCAACAGGAAUUUUAACAGAGGAAGAAAGUGUGUUAAGGUGACAGGCUGAAAACCUGCUGCUUUAACGUCAGGAUGGCAUGUUCAACCGGAUGCUUGAGUUAGCACCAGAUGCUGUAGGCUUGGGGUGAGGGAGCAGAAAUCACCUGGAUAUAAUAGGGAGGAGGAAACUACAGUCUACUAGUCUACAGUCUACUUACUAGUCUCCUGAGGGGAAGAGGAAACCACAAAUGGAAAUCAGAGAUAGAGGAAGUGGGACCAUAGAGCUGGGAGGGGGCCAAGGCUGUGAGGUGGUUAUUAACCCCACCAUGACAGUUGGGUUCCUAGAGCUGAUAGCCCAUUUGCAACCCAUACCCAAGAUUUCCAGACCACACGAUACAACUCCCCAGGCCUAGAACUUGAAUGAAGAAGGAGGAAGGAGGACGUAUCUGGAUCUGACCUGACUCGGGGGUCCCGGCAAUGAAUAAAUGAACCAUACUCAGUCUUUGAGUGUGGCUUGAGGUUAAAGGUCCCAGCUGAGCAGGUGAGUAUGGAGCCGCGUUGAUCAUAGGGUUCAAGUUCAGUGGAGAGAGCAGCAGUUCGGGUCUCAGGAUACCUUUACACACUUAAAAAUUAUAAAUUAAAAAUUAUUGAGGGGCCCAAAGAGGUUUUGCUUACUUGGGUUCUGUCUCUCAAUAUUAACGUCAUUAGAGAUGGAUGCUAAGAAAUUUUAAAAAUAUAUUCAUUAACUUAUAUUAAAAUAAUAACAACAAACCAGGUUUACAAGUUAAUAUAAAUAAUGGGUUUAUGAAAAAUAAAGCAAAAUAAAUUUU